AUGAUUGCCCGAUCAUCUGAUGCGUUCCUGGAGAAACUCAAAGGGGACCUGGCGAUUGAGACAAUAGAACUGCUACUACAAAGCAAAUACGAUGAAACGGAGAACCGUCUUGGACACGCCCAAGUCCUUCAGCUCCUGAAGCUCUGUCUCAGGACGUACUUCACGUUCGACGGGACAAUCUACGAACAGGUGAAGGGCACACCAAUGGGUUCGCCGAUUUCGGGAGUCAUCGCCGAGGCGGUCCUGCAACGGUUAGAGUCGCUGGUCUUCCAACACCACAGACCGAAAUUCUGGACCCGGUAUGUGGAUGAUACCUUCGUCGUCAUCGAACGGGAUCAGGUGUUGACAUUCCAAGAACAUCUCAACGCCGUCUUCCCGGACAUUCAAUUUACGAUGGAGGAGGAAGAAAACAACCAGCUGGCCUUCCUGGAUGUCCUCCUAUGCCGCAAGGAUUGUGGUGGACUAAAAAUCAACGUGCUCAGGAAAGCGACAAAUACGAUGCAAGUACUGACCUUCAACAGUAACCACCCAAUCAGCCACAAUCGCAGUUGUGUAAGGACGCUCUAUCGGCGUGUCGAAACGCACUGCAGUGAGCCGGAAGACAAAAUUGCAGAACUACAAUACCUCCGACGGGUCUUCAAAGCCAAUGGCUACCCGCGCAACUUCGUCGACCGGUGCAUACGCAAAAGGGACGAAAGGCCUAACCGCACGGACACCAAGUCUUGGCGGGCACUUCCAUAUGUCAAGAACGUUUCGGAAGCUGUCGGCCGCAUUCUCGCACCACAUGGGGGUGGAGUGGCUCACAGACCGAAGGCAACCAUCAGGCGUCUGAUCAUGAAACCGAAAGACCCACUGCCACGGCUAGAAACGUCUGGAGUCGUUUAUCGGAUCUGGUGCAGUUGCGGACAAAGCAACUACGUCGGAGAAACCGGAAGACAGCUCCGAACGAGAAUGGCCGAACACGCGACAGCGGUGCGCAGAAAUGACGCCAGCUCUCAAGUUGCGGCUCAUUUGACGAGAUCCGGCCACACAUUUAAAUUCGAUGAGGCCGAAAUUCUCGCAAGAGGUGAGAACCGAGUGAGCCGGGAGCUACUGGAAUCAUGGUUUACUGGCCCCCAGUCCAUCAACAAGUGCAACGAUCUUCCCAUUCAAUACAGCGUGCUGAGACUUCGUCUAGGCGGAGUAAUUGGCCACGCGGGGAGCGCAAUGGUUAACACUCUCCCCAACACCCGGGUCAACGCAUCAGAUGGUCGAGCAAUCAUCACGCCAACAUCCAACGCACGUGAUGAAAUUGCACCAAUUAUCGACUCGAAUGUCGGCCAAGUCGGCAAUGAUCACACCAAGUGUGACAAUCCCGGAUGA